GUCCUGCUUGGUUACCACCUGUCACCUACCGCACGAUGCUGGGAGGCCUGGGGAAGCUUGCUGCUGAGGGCCUGGCCCACCGCACCGAGAAGGCCACCGAGGGAGCUGUUCAUGCUGUCGAGGAGGUGGUGAAGGAGGUGGUGGAACACGCCAAGGAGGCUGGAGAGAAAGCCAUUGCUGAAGCCUUAAAGAAGGCCCAAGAGGCAGGGGACAAAGCGGUGAAGGAUGUCACUGAGACGGUGACCAACACAGUCACGAACGCCGUCACCCAUGCAGCGGAAGGCCUGGGCAAGCUGGGACAGUGAGCACGCCUGCCUCCAGGGGACUCUUCCUGAAUCUCAAUA